CUACAAACUAUUACUCUUGAUAAUGCAAGUUCAAAUGAUGUUGCAAUUCGUGAAUUAGCAGAUCAUAUUUUCCAAAAUUUUUAUAGUAAUAUGAGUGAGGAAUUUUUUCAUAACUGCUGCUUUGCUCAUAUCUUGAAUCUAAUCGUGAAAGAUGAUACUCUUAAAACAUCAGCAAAUUCCUAUCCGACUCUUAAUAAUGCCUUUGCCUCUAUCUUGAAUAUUCAUACUCAUCUUCUUAGCAUAAGAUCUCAUACUGAAGAUUUUAUUCGUAACGAAAAGCUAGAAUUGGAUAAUCUCAAUGAUAAACUACAAAAUAUAAGAAUAAA